AUGGUACUGGAGCAGCCGCUGAAGCGGCUUGCCGUGUUCCCGUCCCAACUGCCCCGGAUUCCGUGCCAGGAGGCGGCCUCCAGAAGUCACGACCAAUGUCUACGCCCUUCUGCAUCGGUGUCCACGCCCUCCUGCAUCGGUGUCCACACUCUCGGUGUCCACGCUCUCCUGCAUCAGUGUCUACGCCCUCCUGCAUCAGUGUCUACGCUCUCCUGCAUCAGUGUCUACGCCCUCCUGCAUCGGUGUCUACGCUCUCCUGCAUCGGUGUCUACGCUCUCCUGCAUCGGUGUCUACGCCCUCCUGCAUCGGUGUCUACGCCCUCCUGCAUCGGUGUCUACGCCCUUCUGCAUCGGUGUCUACGCCCUUCUGCAUCAGUGUCUACGCCCUCCUGCAUCAGUAUCCAUGCUCUCCUGCAUCAGUGUCUACGCCCUCCUGCAUCGGUGUCUACGCCCUCCUGCAUCGGUGUCUACACUCUUAGUGUCUACGCCCUCCUGCAUCAGUGUCUACGCCCUCCUGCAUCAGUAUCCACACUCUCCUGCAUCGGUGUCUACGCCCUCCUGCAUCAGUGUCUACGCUCUUAGUGUCUACGCCCUCCUGCAUCAGUGUCUACGCCCUCCUGCAUCAGUAUCCACACUCUCCUGCAUCAGUGUCCACGCUCUCCUGCAUCAGUGCCUCCGCCCUCCUGCAUCAGUGUCUACGCCCUCCUGCAUCAGUGUCUACGCCCUCUUGCAUCAGUAUCCACACUCUCCUGCAUCAGUGUCCACGCCCUCCUGCAUCACUGCCAUUCUGGAUGACCCCAUGGAGUGCAGCCGUGGGGAGCGGCUGGCCAUCACCUUGGCCAAAGAGGGCAUCAACCGCGCCACCAACCGCUCCACGAUGGGCAAGCUGGAAGUAGACAUCUUUGAGCUACUGAGGGACAGCGAGUACGAAACCGGAGAAACCAUGUGCCAGAUUUUAUCCAAGGGAGUGGUAGCGGUCUUGGGUCCAUCGUACAGCCCGGCCUCCAAUUCCAUCAUCAGUAACAUCUGCGGAGAGAAAGAGGUGCCCUACGUGAAGGUGGCCCCAGAGGACAUCCUGAAGGCGCAGUUCCCCCGCUUCACGACGCUCGACCUGCGGCCCACCAACACGGACAUCAGCCUGGCUGUGGCGGGGCUGCUCACCUUCUUCAACAGCUCGUCCGCCUGCCUCGUCUGUGCCUCGGCUGACUGCCUGAUGAACCUGGAGCGAUUGCUCCGCCAGUUCCUCAUCUCCAAGGAAACGCUGUCGGUGCGCAUGCUGGACGACAGCCAGGACCCCACGCCGCUCCUCAAGGAGAUCCGCGAUGACAAGACGGGCACCAUCAUCGUAGAUGCCAACAUCACCAUGUCCCACAUCAUGCUGGAGAGGGCUUCGGAGCUCGGGAUGCUCUCCGUCUACUACACCUACAUAUUCACCACUCUGGAAUUUUCUAUGCUGCAGUUGGACAACAUGGCCGACCAGCGGGUGAACAUCGUGGGCUUCUCCGUGUUCAACCACAGCCACCCCUUCUUCCAGGACUUCCUCUUCAGCCUUAACCGCUCCUGGCAGGAGAACUGCGACCACGCCCCCUUCGCCGGACCGCCGCUGUCGUCGGCGCUGAUGUACGACGCGGUCCACACGGUGGUGGCGGCCGUCCAGGAGCUCAACCGCAGCCAGAACGUGGGUGUCACACAGCUCUCCUGCAAGUCCUCCAAAAUCUGGGAGCACGGCACCAGCCUGAUGAACUACCUGAGGAUGGUAGAAUUGGAUGGUCUAACCGGACACAUCGAGUUCAACAGCAAAGGCCAGCGCUCCAACUACGCGCUGAGGAUCAUGCGAAGCGGCAGAGAAGGGCUAAGGCAGAUUGGCCAAUGGCAUUCUGAACUCGGCCUUUACAUGGAGAAGAGGCUGCACUCCCUCAACGUGACGGACACGCUCUUCAACGCCACCCUCACCGUCACCACCAUCCUCGAGAACCCUUACGUGAUGCUCCGGCCCAACCACCAGGAGCUGGAGGGGAACGAGCGCUACGAGGGGUUCUGCGUGGACAUGCUGCGGGAACUGGCCGAAAUCCUCAAGUUCAACUACCACAUCCAGCUGGUGGGCGACGGCCUGUACGGGGUGGCGGGGGCCAACGGCUCCUGGACCGGCAUGGUGGGAGAGCUCAUAUCCCGGAAAGCCGACCUGGCUGUAGCAGGACUGACCAUCACUGCAGAGAGGGAGAAGGUCAUCGAUUUCUCCAAGCCCUUCAUGAGCCUGGGCAUCAGCAUCCUGUACAGAGUUCACCUGGCUCGCAGACCUGGGUACUUCUCCUUCCUGGACCCCUUCUCUCCUGGAGUCUGGCUCUUCAUGCUGCUGGCCUACCUGGCAGUCAGUUGUGUUCUCUUCCUGGUGGCCAGGCUGACCCCCUACGAGUGGUACAACCCUCACCCCUGCUUGCGGGGGCGCUGUAACCUGCUCAUCAACCAGUACUCUCUCGGGAACAGCUUCUGGUUCCCUGUGGGGGGGUUCAUGCAGCAGGGCUCCGCCAUCGCCCCCCGCGCCCUGUCUACGAGGUGCAUCAGCGGGGUCUGGUGGGCCUUUACCCUCAUCAUCAUCUCCUCCUACACGGCCAACCUGGCAGCCUUCCUCACGGUGCAGAGGAUGGAGGUGCCCAUCGAGUCCGUGGAUGACCUGGCGGACCAGACGGCCAUCGAGUAUGGCAGCAUGCACGGGGGCUCCACCAUGACCUUCUUCCAGAACUCGCGGUACCAGACGUACCAGCGCAUGUGGAACUUCAUGCACUCCAAGCAGCCCAGCGUGUUCGUCAAGAGCACGGAGGAGGGCAUCGCCCGCGUGCUCAACUCCAACUACGCCUACCUGCUGGAGAGCACCAUGAACGAGUACUACCGCCAGCGCAACUGCAACCUCACGCAGAUCGGAGGCCUGCUGGACACCAAGGGCUACGGCAUCGGCAUGCCGCUAGGGUCGGUGUACCGGGACGAGUUUGACCUGGCCAUCCUCAAACUGCAGGAGGAGAACCGGCUGGAAAUCCUGAAGAGGAAGUGGUGGGAGGGGGGCAAAUGCCCCAAAGAGGAGGACCACCGAGCUAAAGGUCUGGGGAUGGAGAACAUCGGCGGGAUCUUCGUGGUUCUGGUGUGCGGCCUGCUGGUGGCCAUCUUCAUGGCGGUGCUGGAGUUUGCCUGGAUGCUGCGGCAGACGCCCGGCACAGAGCAGUCGGUGUGUGAGGAGAUGCUGCAGGAGUUGCGGGGGAUCAUGCUGUGUCGGGACAGCCUGCAGCUGCGCCGGCGGCGGGGGGUGGGGCUCCUGCGGGCGCGGCCGCUGCUGCUGGAGGACCGGCGGGCGCGGGCGGCGGCCGUGGCCCUGGGCAACGGCAUGGUGUGCGGCGGGGCCACGCCCCAGCCCCUCCCCCACAGACUGGCCCAGGAGGCCGCCCUGGUGGCCCGCGGCUGCACCCACAUCCGCAUCUGCCCCGAGUGCCGGCGCUUCCAGGGCCUGCGGGCGCGGCCCGGGGGGCCCGGGGGGCCCGGGGGGGCCGGGGGCGCCUCGCCCGUCCACAGCGAGGGCAGCGUGGACUGGGAGAAGGCCACCAACAGCAGCGAACCCGAAUAA